AAUUUUUGAUGUUUCUGAAUCUGAUUUAAAAAUUUUAAAUCAAGCAGAGUUUUCAGUCCAUAGAUAUUAUAUGGAUUUGAAAGAAAAUCUCAAGCAUCAAUCAACACAAUUUAAAAGUGACAAUGUAGAAUCUUUUGGUAUUUUUCGUAUUUACUCAACACUACCAUAUAAUUCUGAUGCUUAUUUAUGCAAUGAUUGA